GAGCAAUGAGGCCAACUCAGAAAAAGAGAGAGGCAGAGAAAGUGGGUAAGAGAGAGGGAGGGGUGAGGGGUGUCAUAGUUUGGGCAAAAGCUGUGUUAAAUAGUGAAGUAACCUGACUCGGAGUAUCACACACAAGGGAUUUGGACGGAGGUUUGAGAUUCCUGUGUGCAGCUGGACUGGAAUAGAACUCUCACAGGCAAAAUUAUGCAUCCUAAGAUCAAGUGGCUGUUUCUGAUUCAACUACUGCUGAUUGAACAGGCUCUGUGUAGGACACCAACUCCCCCUGCUCUGAAGAACACUCCGGCCUUCAAGACCUCUGUCUUAGGGGAGGGGGACACUAUCAAAAAGGGGAAGCAGUUGCGCCUUGGGUCCCAGACCCAGCUUGGGCUUCCAUUAGGUGCAGCGGAGAGUGCGGCCCCUGAAGAGUGGGUGGUGCAGGAUGAGGCCAGGGCACAGUCUGCUCAGCGUGUCGUCACCACGCUCAAGGCCAAGCUGCAGGGCAGAAUCCUCAUCCAGGCCAACACCAGCUGUGAGGAGUUGCUGUCUGCCUCCACCCUGCAGGACCCCUCCUCCGCCCUGUUGCCCCGGGAGCUCCUGGGCCUCUCCCUAGUGCCCGUGCUGGUGGUGGCAGGCUGUCCCCGGGAGGCCCAGACCUUGGUCCUCAGGCUGUACAACCUGCUGGGGGUGGAGGACACUGAGGAGCUCCUCAUAGAGGUGGAGAGUCUGAUGGCGAGUGGAGCACCCCAUCCCAGAGCCACAACACCCCCUGCCUCACAUGUGGGGAAGGUCCAAGCAGAGCGCCACCUCCAGGCAGUGAUGUUCAACAUCCAGCAGCUGGCCAGGGCUGGGGAGGGCCAUAGGGGACAGGGGGCCUCUGGAAAGGGGAAGCAAGAGCAGUGUCAGGGCUGGACCAGGGUGAAUGGGACCCUGCUGUUAGGGGAUGCGAUGGAGGGAGCCACAGGGGGGCUGGAGGAGGCGAUAAGGGCCUGUGAGAGCCAAGGGUCCAUGUGUGCGGGUGUGUCCCGUAACAGAGGGCAGUACCAGGCAGUUCUGAAGCCAGGCAGCCGGGUGGUGCCUUCUGAGGACUCUGACUCAGAAUGCUGGAUUCGACAAUGCCAGGUGCAGGAGGAGAAGUCACCUGUGGCCUCAGGGCGGCGGGCGGGGCGGGCGCGGCGCAGCCCCCAGCGGAACUGCGUCAACAAGAAGGAGGAGCGGGUGUACAACGUGGUGGAGUGGAUCCCUGUCGUCAGCACCCUUUACAACCUGGGCACGGCCGUCUACUACACCUCUGUCAACUGCUCCGAGAUGGCCAAGGAGAGAGCCAUCCUCAGCGCCGUCGACCUUGGCACAGACGCCCUUAUGGCCGUCACUGGGGGAACAGUGGGUGUAGCGGGCUACGUUGCCGGGGCAGGCGUGAAGACGGGGGUGAAGGCUGGGAUCAAGUACCUGCUGUCCUCCAUGAAACAGCAUGAGGACCUAAUAGUUAAUGAGUACAGUUGGGAGGAGGGAGUCAUUACCAUACAGUAAACAGCCAGUAGCCUGGUAGGUAGUCAGAUAUGAUUUUGCUUCAGCCAAUGGCAUCAUAAAGAGAUGUGGCGACCAGGAAGUGGUCUCAGGGAACCCCUGAGUCAACCCUCUUAGACCACCUUGACCUCUCCUCCACCCCAUCCUCUCAACCCAAACCCCUCCUCUCCUCCUUCAGCAUUAUUGGUCAGGUCAGACUCAAUUUCCACCUCUGAUACUUCAAGUGCAGGGACUAUUCUAACGGUACUACUAAUCAGUUGAUGUGUUGUUGUUCUGCCUCCUCUGGAAACAGAUGGAGCAAAAUUCAAGCUGGCUAUUUGUAAAAAUGUAAACUCAUUGAUUUAUAGGCAACUUUUCAUUGGCAUGAAAGUGUGCAACUGCCCUUGAAAAAAAUAAUUGAUUGAUUAAAUUAUCAUUCUCGCUA